AAUUAUUGGGUUACUGGAGUCUGAGUUGGUAAAAAUGUACCAAUUCUGACUAAAUGUACAUUGUAAUUUAAUUUGUUAACAUUUUCAAUUUCACAACAUACUGGUUUGAUUAAACUAUUUUUUUUCUUCUAGACGUUUGAUAAAAAUAUAUCUUUUUUAAUUUUGUAAGUUUAGUCUUAUUUUUAAUGUUACUCAGUGUUUACAAGCCACAACAACAUGGCUACAGCCUGUAAGCCCAAGCUUUAACAAGAUAGAGUGCUAAAAAGUAGUCUGAUGGCAGAGAUAUAGUGCCUUGUCUGUGGAUUUGUCUAAAAUGUUGUCAUUUCUACAUUGUGUGAUCAAAAUUUAUGCAAUAUGCCUUAAAUGACAGUCUGCAAUGUACAUUUUAAUCACAUCUGAUUAGUUUGAUUUGUAAUUUUAAACUGUGGAGCAGAAGCAUAAACCAAGAAAAAAUGUGUCUGUGACAUAGACAUUAUGGAGGACAUUAUGGGUUUAUGUGUAAAUGCCAGGGUAUCUGCAAAAAUUAAUGGAACUAAUGUGGAUGGUUCAAGAGUGGGGGAAAAAAAAAAAAACACAGAGGAGCACUAAAGGGAUAUUGGAACUGACAUAAUUAGGAUACAACUGGAAUAAGGAAGGAUGCAAUGUAAGUGGAAUAUAAUUAGUUAUUUAAAAAAAAACAAGCUAUAUAGGGGGAUUGGCAUUAAUGAAGGUAUGGUAUAAAGGGUAACCCUCUGCUGACUGAUAAUUGCAAUAAUUGGAAAAAAAGAAGGCCUGAUUUGGAAAAUAUCAGAAGGGGAAGGCAGGGUUAUGGCUAAAGUCCAAAACUAGCAUGGAAGCAUUUGCAGAAUAUUAUGUGACAGGUUACUGGAGCAGCAAAACCGGGCAAUCAACAAAUGCAGGAUACAAUAAGGUGAGGAUUAGAUGGAAAAUAAGCUGCUAAGAGUAAACAUCAGGCUAGCCUGGAGAAACUGGCAGAACCAGGAUUUUACAUAAUGUGUUAGCUGGGGAUGCAGGAGACAGUCUCUCUAAUAAGCUAAAGAAAAAAAGAGUAAAGAAUUGGGGAUGAGGCCUUCCAACUGCCUACCUUGACACUCUGGAACUGCCUUCUAUUGUGCUAAUGAGAAUGGCGCGACAGGAGUUGAACUGGAUGUGGAAUUUACAGCAGAUGGGGUGUCAGUACUCAUGCAUGAUGACACUGUGGACCGGACGACUAAUGGAACUGGGCAUCUUAGUCAGAUGUCAUAUUCAGACCUUUUGAAAUUGGAUGCUGCAGCCAAGCACCGACUUGGGGACUCUUUCCAUGGAGAGAAGGUGCCUACUUUGCAGGAUGCAAUUUUAGAAUGUCUAAAGCAUCACCUUAUUAUCUACUUCGAUGUCAAAGGCCAUGCAGAUGAGGCUGUUGCUGCUUUGAAGAUGAUGUAUGAAAAAUAUCCUGUACUGUAUAACACAAGCAUUGUCUGCUCAUUUGAACCCAAGAUCAUUUAUAAGAUGCGUCAAGCUGACUCGAUGGUGGUAACGGCCCUCACACACAGACCCUGGAGUCUAAGCCACUGGGGAGAUGGGACACCCCGUUUUUCAUCUCAAUGGAAACUCUGUUGGUUCAUGGUGCUAGAUAUUCUUCUGGACUGGAGUCACCACAAUAUUCUCUGGAAUUUCUGUGGAGUCUCAGCAUUCCUCAUGCAGAAAAAUUUCAUCUCCCAGGACUAUGUGCGCUUCUGGGCAGCCCGAGAUGUUGAAGUUGUCAGCUGGACUGUCAACACAGCUGUUGAAAAAGAAUACUACAAGGAGGUCUUAGGAAUUAACUACAUCACAGAUAGCCUUCUGGAGGACUGUGACCCUCAUUACUAACUAACUGCGUAGAGAAUCCCCUACCGUUGACUAAUUAUUGGAGGAGAAGUUGUACCUGAUGCUCACUGAAUAAAGCACAUACCAUGUUUUCUAACAGUAUCCUCGGGUAAAGUUCCACCCUUCUGUCUCAGGUACUGUUUUGUUUGACUACUUGCUAUUCUGGUCUCAUGAAGAGAUUGCAGCCUUGUAUAUAAGAAUAUGAUCUGAGUCUGAAUAAUUUUUGUCCUGGGGGCACUGUUUGACAUUAAAGAUCACAUUACUGUAACUUUUUUCCAAGUAGACUGUGCAUUAUAACAAUAAUGUAAUGUUAAUUUUAAUUGUAUGCUCUUGAUUGUAUGUUUAAUGCACAUUUAGGUGCUGUUAAAUAUGUAUUUUUCUUUUUUUUUUUCAAUUUUAUAGGCCAUGAAUUAUUGCUGAAAUAUUCAGGGAAUCAAAAAAUGCUGUGAAUAGCGAAUUCAAUUUUAAAAGCUUUAUCUACUAAAAGUUUAGGUUAUGCGUAGUGCACAAAAACAUUUUUUGAGGUUUAUUUAUGAGGAUAUAACUUACAAAUGAGCACUGGUGCAGCCUGUUGCUUUAAAUUGUUCCUUUGCAUUAUGUGAGUAUUUCAUGGAUAAUCGCUCUCCUGGUGAAUGGGGAAGCUUGACUGUCAACCAGCAGGAUGAUACCUCACUCGACAGUAGGCAACUGCAGUGUUACAUCACUACUGACAGAACACGGAAAGUUGAACUAAUGAUCAGAACAACUAAGUGCAAUACAUGGGACUUUGGCAGCAAGAAACAGCAGACCCAAAUGGCUUGAAAAUUAUACCAGCGCCAAAGGGAAUACUGUAAAUAGUAAAAGUUAAUGAGGUGAAAGAAGACCAAUGAGAACAGAGUUGUGUCCUAAGUGAUGGAUUUUAGAACACACAAAAAUGUUCACAGCUGCUUCUUUCCCAUGGGAGGCCACUGCAGUGAACUAAAUACUAAACCAAAAAAUACAAUAAUUGGCAAUACACUGUAGGUGUGUGAGUGUGUGUGUACAGGAAAGAAGUUGCUUAGCUUUUAGGCACAUCUUUAUACUAACAAAAUGUCUGUCACAUUCAAGAUCUGGGCCUACCUACACUAAGCCCUGACUUCCCAGAAUGGUAAUACAUGCAAUCACUGUCAAAAUAAUUGUUUUUAUUGUUCACAUUAUCACGAUCUCUUCAUAUUCUGCAGGUGUACUUCAAUAAACAAAAGAAAAUUAAUUUUCAUUUACAGCGGGAAAUGCCUAAAGAAUUGUGGCCCAGCCUGAACUUUUAAAACAUGUAUUGGUUUUAUAUUUGGGAAUGCCAUUAAAUCCUUGCUAAAUUUGGCUAAUGAAGUUUUGAUAUAUAAAAAUGUACUGUACAUUUCCUGCAAUUUUUUUUAAGUAUAAAUUUUAUGUUUGAGUGUUUCUUUUUUGUUAAAUUGUAAUAUUGUUAUUUUGUUUUUACUUUAAGGUGUAAUGAUCAUGAAAUAAAAGCAUUUUUAUAAGUUCAGUGUAGCACAGGGUUAGUGAUGUGUACUGAUACAUCUAUCGCAAGCUCCAAAGGUGUACAUUAAAUUAAGAAUUAGUGCAGCAUUAAUUAUAUUCUUAGUUUUGCCAGUAAUUAACAUUUACUAUUGACUACAAAUUAUACAGAAAAAUAAAUAAACGUCUUUAUUGCAUGACCCAAUGACACUUCUGAUCCAUUCUUCAGCUGGUUUCGCUAUGACCUGUAGCAUUGAAUCAAACUAUUACAAAACACUAACAUUUAGGUAAAUGAUCUGCAAAUAUAUUACUUAAUCUACAUUUUUAAAAAUUCAGAGAUGCUACUUGAACCAACAUAAUUGAACAGGCAUAUCAAUUUUAAUGCUUCAAUCAAGUUUUAAGAUGAACACAUAAAAAUAAUAUAGUUUUACAAUAAACUAACCAUCUAAGAUGGGUUGAAAAAUAAAUAAUCACGGUAGACUGCAGAGUUUAUGUUUGCAUAUGCACCAUACAAUGCACAUGUCUCUGUUGUAUGCCAUUCAGUAUGGGAUUCGUAAAAGUAGUGUUAAUAUUUGUGAGGCGCCAUCUGUGAGAAUGACUAAUGCAAUGCAAUUUAUUACUAAAAAUGUUUGUGAUGUGCCAUAUUUUCGAAUUAACAGAGACAUUGCAAAUGGAUGGAGAAAUAGAUUCACAGACACUUGUCCUUUUAUUAAAGUGGAAAUCAGUGAGAUGAUUAGUACUACUAGAGACUAUAAUAGUUUUAUAUACAGUAGUAUCUAUAAUACUGAAUAGCAUUCUAAAACUCAAAUAUUUUAUAUGCAAGAAGUUUGACCAUUGAUAUCAGAAUCGUGUAUUAGAUAAAAGAAGUACGGAUUAAAAUAUGCUUUGGCAGUUUCCCCCUUCAUCACUAUUGAAUGCUGACUUUGUUCUUCACGAGAUUUGCAAAACAGACAAAGCACUAACAGGGUCAACAAAAUGUGGUUUAGGUUUAGGU